AUGGCGGAAGACCGAUUGAGCCAACUCCCUGAUGAUAUUCUUCAUCUCAUCCUCGACAAGAUCGGCAUAUUUCAGGCUGUGGAGACGGCUAUUCUCUCCGAGCGAUGGAAAAAGCUGUGGCGUUCCCUCCCCGCCCUCCGCUUCCACUUCAGCCUCCCCAAAGACAGCUACCUCUCCCCCUGUGAGCACAACAGAUCCCAAGUGCUCUCUCACUGCCACCGCGUCUCCCGAUUUCUCUCUCGCCGCGAUGCCUCAGCCGCUGUCCGCGCCUUCCACCUCUCAUUCCGCAGCAACAAUGCCUCAGCCGCUGCCCACGUCUUGGACCUCUCAUUAGGCAUCAAUUCUCACCUAGACGGCGGAGUUGAGAGUUCAUUCGUGGAGGAUUGCGCCCGCUACGCCAUCCAUCACGGCGUCCGAUCCCUCCACCUCCACUGCCACGACUUGAGACAGACGUGGCUGCCCGCGGAGAUCUUUGCCUGCAAGACGCUCAAGGAGCUCGACCUCAGAGAUUUCAUUGUCAACCACAAGGAGCUCGACCUCCCCGAAUUGGAGAAGCUUACUCUCCUCAAGUAUUUGGUUCUUGUCCCUCUUGUUAUAAAUGCUCCAAAGCUUAGACUUCUUAAACUCUACGGCCGCAUUGCCGUUGAACGGAUUCAUGCUCCGUUGCUUACCUCCCUUACGUACAAGUCUUCGGACGCUUGGGAGUGUGCGGAUGCGGAUCUCCCAGUGUUGGAACACGUCUAUUUAGACAUUCAUAAGAGUAGAUACUGUCGCGAUCAAAACCACACCAACUUUCUUGCUAUGCUUCACCAAUUACGGAAUGCAACCACCGUUUCACUAACGUUGGACACCAUCAAGGUCGAGCAUUCUCCUAAUUUAUUAGUUAUAGCCGACGAAGACGAUAUGGCCGAAGAAGGCUAUGACUUUGUAGUCUACGAAGACGGAUACGAGUAUGGAAAUGCUUGA